AUUAAUCGAGUGAAAUAAUUUUUGUUUACAGAGGCACGAGCCAGAAUAAGUGGCCCGUCGGAUAUUUACGUGAAAACCGGCAGUCUUCUCACGCUCACUUGUCUAAUGUCUCAAGGACCUCACGAUUUAGGCACAGUGGCUUGGUACCGUGGUAGUCAACCAGUAGUAACAUCUCCGCAUUCGGAAAACGACGUAAACGGCGAACCUCGCAUCGCUGUCGAAACCGAGUGGAGCGAUGCCCUCACGUCGAGAUUGAGGAUCACCCAUGCAAAACCAAGCGACUCUGGGAACUACAGUUGCGUGCCCACUGUGGCAGAGAGGGCCAGCGUCAACGUACACGUUAUUAAUGGAGAGCAUCCAGCUGCAAUGCAGCACGGAAACACGGCAGCAGGUUCGCCAACAUCGAAGACGGUCCUCGUGAUGCUAGCUUUCCUUUUGGGUCAAUUGAGAUAAUGUGCGUUCUCGUACGUGCCCGUGCGUGUGUCUCCGAGCUGUCUGUCUGCGUGUAUACUUUCUGCACGUACUUAUGUGUGUGUGGAUGUGUGAGAGCCCGUAUGACGGUGUGCGCGUGGCAACUUAAACGCGAACAUGAAUGAAUAUCAACGGGAGCAUUAAGUGAAACUCGAUGGAUCGUUGGACACAAUAAGACGUAGCCAACCCUUAGCCUGUUUGUACCUUGAUCGAAAUUAAAUUGCAUGCAACCGGAACGAUCAUCGAUGAAGAAGCUUUCUUACGGCCACGUGAUGGACGUUUUAAGAGGAAGGUUGACUGAUAAGAAAGUUUUACGUUAUUUCAGCCUUUUCAGCUUAGUUUUUCGAUAAUCGUCGAUGGCAUUUCCUACUUUUAACACGUUUAGAUAUACACACAUAUAACGAUGAAUUUUUGAAAUAUUUACUGAAUGUUUAGUAUCGUUUUAAGAAGUAAUAAAUUAUAAAAUACAAAUUAUAGACAACAUAUACAACAAGAUAAUUAACGCAUACAUACAUAAGAAACGAUGCUCAAAACUAUAAAAAUAGAAGCGUUACAAAUUAAUAAAUGUACUGAAUUAUUGUAAGUUAAAGAAAAUCGAUGCAAAAAUUAUCGUUACGAGCAAAUUUUUUAAAUAAAUCAAUUUUUGAUAUACGUUUCCUUUUAACUUAAAAUAAUCGAUUAAACUUCAUUGACCGUAACAACUCUCGCAAGAACAGUUAUGAACGAUUAAUUUUAAUUAUAUUUAUCUUUUGUCGUCGUGUUCGAAAUUCCUUUUCAAAACAUAACUUCAACCGUCAAAUUCUCGAAACUAUGCUCGCCAAAUUUAUCAGUCCAGAAGCCAUUGCCCGAUGAAUUAAUGAAUUAAGUUUUACGAAAAGAAAGCUUCUUCGAGUGCAAUUUCUUUUUAUUGCUGCUCGUUAAAAAAUGUUCAGUUCUCAGUGAAGGAAGAAACAUAUAUCAAUGAAGGAACUCUGUCACGGCCGGUUUCGCGUUGAAAAUCGCGACUUUCAAUGCAUCCAUAGGUGAAAACUGUCGAAAACGUCGUCGUAGUAUCCCAGGUUCGAUAUGUGUAAUAACUUGCAAAUUUCUAGCGCGUUCUAGUGUCAUCGAAAUAAGGAAACCAAAAUAUCGAAGUAACAUUGUACAUGGUAUAUAUUGUAAGCGACGAUUCAAUGAACAAGAAAAAAAGAAAUUGUAACAUGUAAGAGCGUGAACGUGUGCUCGAACAUGGUAAAUUCGAUGUGUAAGUUUGCGAAUUAGUAAGGACGAUUAUGUAUAUUGUAAUUGUUACAAGACGAAAGCGAUCGUUCCAAUAACGAAAGAGUUCGUUCGUUCGUGGCAAAGAAAAUUUUAGUGGAUAUUUUCAUAGCUGUGCGAAUCUUUGGCGAGAUAUAAAUUUUCUCGAGAAAAAUCUCGUAUUUUUCAAAGAUUUGAUUACUUCGUUCGAAAAUCGUUAUCUGGAUUUUUCUGCGUAACAAUUCUUAAAAAAUUGCGCUAUAUGUUAAAUAUUUAAUUGUUUAUAUAAAUUCUAUGUUUGCUGCUACUGUUUCUCUUUCUAUGGAAUUAAAACAUUUAAUACAAUAUGUUUUAUACAUUUUUAGUGAAAGCUGGAAAAGUGAGACGACAAAUACCGCGUAUUAGUUAAUAAAUUAAUAUAUUUCAACGUGGAAUAAGGUAAAAGGGAAAGAAUGUCAUGUGAACAGUGAACACGUGUGUUUCAUUCGCUUUUGUUCAGAUAUGGAGCUUUCAGCUUCCACAAAGGAGACGCCGGCAUUAUUUUGUAACACAGGCCAAUAUUGACAAGGGAUUCUCUCUCACGGAUGCCUCUAGUUUCAACGAAAAGAAAUUCUGAUAUUACAACGUUGCAGGAUAGCACACGUUUUCGGAGGGAAACUCGCGAAUCCCGGAGCAUAUCGAGUUUUACGCUUCGUUGUGUGUUUCUUGAAUGAGACGUGCAUUAUCCGGUUCCAAAUGCAUGAUGGAGAAAUGCGAAUUCUUGUCGAAAUCCGAGGGAAACUUGAAGGGAAUGCGAGACGAGUUUAGCAACUGCAACCUAUAAUCAUGACGAUCCUGUUAUUCUUAUUUUACUUUGUCGAAAUAUUUUAUGGAUAGAGAGGGGGAAUUUGAGAGAGUACGAGACAAAAAUGAGGAUAGCAUUUAAAGAACUCGUGACAAAAAUGAAUUUUAGAUAACAAUGUAUUUUAUACAUUUAUGAAAUUAAUCGACAUAUAAAAUAUGGCGUUUCUCACAUAAAAUUUUGACUGACGAGUAACUUCAAUAUUAUUCGAUACACUUUCUCCACGACUAUUUAGUUUCGUCGCUUUCAAUUUUCGAGAAUUAUCAUUUUCAAAAUUCAAAGAUUUUCAAGACCCGAAUAUCGUGAUUACCCAUGUUGCUUAAUAGUACAGUUUCAAUGUUUUCAUUGUAAAUGUCAUUAAAGUCAUUAUAUAUAACAAAGUUCUUCUUCGCCAAUUAGUUGACAAUUGAUAAUAUGACAAUGUUUACUGGUUGAUAUUGGCCUGCCAAAUUUAAACAUUUGUAGAGAUCGAACUCUUUGUAUCUUAAUCGUAUCUGGAAAAAAUAUUUAACAUAUGAUGAUUCUUUUAAUCUUUCGUAAUAAAUGGAAGAAAUGUAGAGAACACCGCGCGACGAGGAAGUCGAAGAAUGAAAGGAAGCUGUUUUACGGCGAACAUGCGUAUCAACAAUGUGGAUUGUGAAUUUUAUUGCGGAAGCCUUUGGAAACAUUCGACCGUGCUCCUGCGAGCAAAUCCGCGUGAACUGUCUUUGUGGUACAAAGAGUUUGUUUGAUUGUUCUGUGGUGAAAUAACUCGAUCUCGGUCUAAAAGCAGAAGAAAGGACGGUUCUUAAAGAGGAGAGAACAAUGAGGGUAUUAACGCCUGAAUUGAAGUCCACAGGAUUCUUUAACCUUCAGCACGGUUUUCUUUUCCUGAUUCUCUCUUUUUCGAAUUUUUAUUCGGUGAAAGAUCUUUGAAAUAUUAAUACGGAUUUAUUCGUAUAAUUGGCAAUUAUGUCGUACGACGAAUUUAGUUUCAGAAUGCUAUUAUGUCAGAAUAAUUAGGUCGUUUCAUAAGCUUAUAAAAAGAUUGAUAAAAUAUCAUGGAAAAUAUCUCGAAGUAUAAAAAUUCUUUGUUACUCGAUAUACGAACGAACGAAUUCAUCCUAUCGAUUGUCAAAAUAGUCUUCCGAUCGUCAAUUACCAAAGACUAUUUGACAAUCGCAUCUAGAAACCAAAUGAUCGUGAAAAUCACUCAAACUCAACGCAUAUUUAAUCUAAAGACGUUUUAUAAUAAUUUAUCGAUCGUUAUCUGUGUUAUCUUAUCGUUAGAUCAGCUCGACGGCUUGUAUCUUAAGUAGCCAACGCUAUUCGCUGUCUCUCACCAUCGAUAUUUUUACAAACUGUUUCAGAAGCUCAAACAACUAAUCACCAGAACCACAACAUUUAAUAUAAAACAGAAACAAGCAGGAUGCAAAUAAAAAUCACGUACCAGCGAUUUAUAAUUUUUAAAAUAAAACCCAUAUAUAAAAUGUCUAAGUUUCACACACAAGCAAGCCACAAGUGCGUAAUCGCAUAGUACUCGUACGAUGAUAAAUAUUAAUAAAAUAGAUCGUUAGACGCGAUCUCCACUCGAUUAACGAAACAAUGUUUUGUAACGUACAAUUUUAUGGAAAAGAGAGAAAGAGAGAGAGAGAGAGAGAG